AUGCAAGGCUAUCAAAGGAAUUUCGAGGAACAACAGAGGGAUCAGAAGGACGAGGAGACGAUCGUGGUAGACCUCGUGCCACCGCCGUAUCAGUUCAGUCCUCCGCAUAGUCCACAGCCGCUAAGCAUACCCAAAACGCCCGAGAAAGAUACCUCGCCGACGCAACAGCAGCAACAGUCGCUGUCGUCUAUGGACCCGAACAUCAGACGAUACAGGACUGCUUUCACGCGGGAGCAAUUGUCGCGAUUAGAGAAGGAGUUCCAUCGAGAGAAUUACGUGAGCAGGCCGAGGAGAUGCGAAUUGGCAGCUCAACUAAAUCUGCCGGAGUCGACGAUCAAGGUCUGGUUCCAAAAUCGUCGCAUGAAGGACAAGCGACAGAGAAUGGCAAUGGCAUGGCCGUACGCGAUGUACACAGAUCCGACGCUCGCAGCCACCCUCUUAGCCGCCGCGACGGCUUCUCUGCCCCCACCUCCGUACCACGGCGCCCCGGGUCUACCGUCGUCGCACCUGGCCCCGAACUACCCUGCAGCAGCUGCCGCGGCUUAUUACGCAGCCAGAUACACGCCGUACCAAACAGUUCCGACGUCCGGCGCGUCGUCGCUUCAUCGGCCACAUCCGCGCACCGCGGCUGCUUAUCCGGCGCACCCACACCUUCUGCAGCAUCACCCUUCGCUACCGCCGCUACAUUUGUCCGGUUUGGGCGUUCCCACGGUCGGCAAUACCGCCUUCCAGGUGAGCAGUCCACCCACGAGCUCGGCGACCACCUACAGACCGACCAUGCUACCGGAACUGAGCCCGGUACAUUCGGACACCUCGAGCGACUGCGACUGCGUCGGGAGCAAUCACUUGCGCCAUAUCAUCACCGGACACCACGGAGAGAAGACCAGUCCGACGGCCAACACGCACCCCAACUCGGAGGUCAAGCUAUCGCCUGGUGUCGUCCCAAACAGAUUCGCGACGAUCGAUGAAUUCAAUAGGAAAAACUCGUACAACAGUCUGAUCACGGCGCCGAACGUACAGGCUAAAAUCGAGCCGCCGAAAUUGUUCCAACCUUACAAGAACGAUAUGACCGAGAUAGCGUAA